AUGCGACAGCGCCGUCUGUGCUCAAGCUUGGGGGGCCACUAUGGAGAACGGGGGGGAGCCUGGAGACCGAACGGUCAGAACCCAGCCGAUUCGCAGAACCUCGACAGGAAAUCGACGGCCUGUCCUGCUCAGUGCUCACCCCGGUGGAGUCGAUCCGUCAAGCAUCGGCUCAUCCGGCGAGCCGGCCCCGAAGUGGACUCUCGGUCUCCCGGCUUGCGAUUGGCCCACCGCCGCAAGCCGUCGCUAAAAGUUACUUUCAAAAGGUACCUCAGCUCCAUCAAAGGGUCCUCGACUCCUCCCCCGCGGUCCUCGACGAGACAGCAAGACAUGCACACUCUCCACGCCACAUGCCUGAUCAUCACCGUUCCAUAUCCGCAUCGAACCGCCAAGCAUCUCUCAAAGACAGGUAGCCUACGGCUUGAAAGCCACGCCACGCCCAACCACUGUCGUGGUGCCUUCAUCUACACCUCUUACUCUGGCAGCGCCAUCUGUAGCUCUUGCUCCAAGGCUGGAGCCGUAUCAUGCGUUGACUACAGCCCCUUGGGCACGCUACCCGCGUGCCAGGACCUGGCUGCAUUGCCCGAUGAUGUCCUACCCCUUUUAAAUGGCGCGGCGGAUCUCGACGGGGGCAGCUUCUCUUUCGAUGACAUCCUGCCUGGGCUUUCCCGUCAUAAGACCUUGAGGGGUCUCCCUCCUGUUGACAAAUAUCACACUUCGGGCCCCGAUUCCAUGAAUUACUAUCUUGAGACAUCUAAACAGCACAGCCAUAAGGAAUGGCUGGAGCUGUUGCCCCCCGAGACCCAGAAGCUCGUCGACGUGUAUCCCAAAGCCGUACAAUUAGCCUUGGAACAGCAUCCGGCCCCCGGCUGCACCGUCCCAAACUGUAUACACACGUACAAGCCCAUCCCCGACCUCGACGAUGAGCCCUUUGCGAGACGGCGCAGUUGA